AGAAUACAAUGAGAUGGCUGACAUGUGGUCAUUAGGCUGUCUGAUCUACGAACUAUGUGCCUGCAUCCUCCUUUCCAAGCAACGACGCACAAGCAACUUGCUGCUAAAAUCAGAAAUGGAAGAUAUGAACGGAUUCCAAUUCAGUACAGUAAUGAUUUACACGAAAUGAUUGGGCUCCUCUUAACCUACGAGGACUUCCUGCGCCCCUCUGCUCUCGUCCUCCGCCACUCGUCCCUCAUCAACCAUACGUCGAAGAACCCCAACAAAUUUGAGGACGACUCCCUUUGCCAUUCCCUGCGGCCCUCCGUCCUCCUGGGGCAGAAAACCAAACGAAGGCAGACGAGAACACCACCAUCAGGGAUGGGAAUACCGACGUGAGGAAGAAUGUAGCAGAGUCGUGCGAGGGGAGGAACGAGGAAAGGGGAAAGAGCGCCGACGGAGCCAGCGUCUCCAAAGAUGGCGGCAGCCUGAGUAGUGUGAGGGCUCGAGACAGAACGAGGGAGAGGAGUGGCCAAGGCGUCUCACCCAUAGCGGAAACUUUUAACGUAGCGAGAGCAGACGCUGACGGCGACUGUGAUAGUAGAAUUAACACGGGCGUUCGGGCCUCUCAGGAGAAACAGUUAGUCAGUAAUGUUAAUGAAAGCCAGGCGAGCACGUCAAGCAGCUCGCAAAUGCAUCAAGUCAAGAAUAGUUACCAGGGAAGCUAACACAGGGAUCAAGGUCUUUGUGACAGUCUUGAGAGGAUAUGUCAAGCAGCAAAAGAAGCUGUCAGCAGACCUCUCCAGGGGGAUGACAGUACUUACAAUUUCAACAUGGAGAAGCUGGAGUGUGCUUGCGGAGGCAUGUCGCCGAAGACGUGGCGAGAACGGGUUCAGGCGCUGCGGGAGUCGGAGGCGUCUGUACGGGAACGCGAGGUUUCGGUCAAGGAGCGGGAACGUGAAGUGAGCCACCGCGAGCACCGCGUCGCUGCCAUGGAGAGGGAGGCUCGCCAGCACCUGGUUCGCGCCCAGAUCUACCUCCGGCAGUCGAGGCCGCCAGAACGCCCGCCACCCUCGCCCAUCGGCCGCCGUCCGACCUGGACACGACCAGGGGGAGAUCCCCAACGGCACCACCACCAAGCUCGAUCCCCAGCGCAGCGAGAACCCCUUCCUCAAGAUGCGCGGGGUGCAGCCACACCCGGAGAAGCGCGUCACCUUUAAGAAGUCUCCCAGGGUCAAGAGCAACACGCUGGACAACCCCAGGAGUCGACGCAAGAGGGGAAACAUAUUCAGCCUGGCCGAUCGGGCUGGCUCGUCCGACAAGGCGUGCGAAGGGAUGGCUGCUUUUCGUCAGCCGUUGAAGACCGUGGGCGCUACGGAAAAGAACGCAGAGUCUCAGCAGGAAAACCACAUGAUAACUCCUGAACACGAGAGACAAACGCAGACUUCCCAGCCCGCAGCGCAGCCAAUUGCGAGAGGUGUAGGUGCAUUUUCCUUGCUAAACAAAGGUCCGUAUGGGCUGCGAGAGCGUCCGCGAAGUACCGAAAACCUCAGCAGAAAACCCACAGAGACAGCAGGAGAUAAAGAAAAUAAAGUGACGUCAGGGGCGAGGCCGAAGAAGGUCCCUGAGGUGAAGCAGGGGCUGUGGAACUGGAGGGCGAGGAAUAAGGGCGUAACGCAGCCGGGUCGCCGCGAGCAGACCGCCGGACAGAAUCGGGUGCUGCAGUUCUACAAUGUAGUGUGAUGAGACUGUCCUCUUCUCCCUCUGCGUCUUCCUGCUUUCCU